AUGGCGAUUAGUCCGUGGGAUGUUGUGCCAUUUGCAGUGAUGGUGAUGGUGGAGUGUGCCAAAGUGGGAAUAAUUAACACACUAAGCAAAGCAGCCAUGGUAAGAGGGAUGGGCCACUUCGUCUUCGUCUAUUAUAAUGCACUUGCCACCCUCAUCCUCCUUCCUUCUUUCCUCCUUCGCAGAAAUAAGCGGCCUCCUCUCACCUUCUCCAUCCUAUGUAGAUUCUUCCUCGUGGGUCUCAUCAGUUAUUAUUUGUUGAUUUGUGCUUUCAGUGGAAUAAGCUUGAGUUCUUUGACUCUUGCAGCAGUAUUGGGGAAUCUCGUUCCAACUUUCACUUUCGUGCUUGCAAUCAUUUUUAGGAUGGAAAGGGUAGAUUUGAGAAGGGGAAGCAGCAGAGCAAGAGUGAUGGGGACCAUAGCAUCAGUAGGAGAAGCAUUCAUAGUGACUUUAUACAAGGGCCCACCAAUCAUGAUGAUCAUCCAUAGGACACCCGCGGCAGCUUUGGACCCAUCUGUUCCCCACCUCCUGAAUCAUCACUACUUCUCAGAGCCAAGCUCAUCUAACUGGGUCCUUGGAGGCUUUUUCAUUGUACUCUCUUGUAUCUUCUCUGCACUUCAGAAUAUACUUCAGUUGACAACAGUGAAGGAGUACAGAGACGAGACCACCUUAGUAUUUUUCUACUGCUUAUUUGGGACCAUCCAAUGUGCAGUGGUAUCUCUUUUCAUAGAAAGGGAGAUGAGCGCUUGGAUACUCAGGACUCGUAUAGAGUUAAUUGCUAUUCUCUAUUCUGUAAUAUUUAAUAUAGGUUUUAUUGGAGUGCUUACAUGGUGCUUACACAAGAAGGGGCCAAUAUAUGCGGCCAUGUACAAGCCCUUGGGGAUCGUUAGUGCAGUUAUCAUGGGCGUCAUCCUUCUUGGUGAUGUUCUUCAUAUUGGAAGUGUGAUCGGAGCAGUAAUCAUAGUUCUUGGGUUUUAUGAUGUGAUGUGGGGACAAGCCAAAGAGGAGAAAUGGUUGUUGAUGAGGACACAAGUAGUGUUUCAGACUCAUCGGGACCAUCUACUCUGAAGGACCCUCUCUUGCCAAGUUAGAUGGAAGCCCUGUAAGAGAAUUAUUUGUAUCUACCCAAUCAUCUCACUUUCUGAGAGCCCAACUCAUUCAGAGGAAGUUGACAGAAUAUGAGCCAUGAGGAGCCAACCUCCAUUCUUGAAGAGUGACCACCAGUGGGAAAAACACCAUAACUUGGGAUUCAUUCUCUUGGAAGCUUGUAGCCCUCUGUCCUCUGUAUAUAAUCAAAGCUUAGAGACCUUUGUUUGAAACACUACUCUUCACUUGUAUCUUUUAAGCAACUUUUUUCUUUCCCCAUAUAUUCUAUUGAGUGUCUCGAGAUGUUGGAAGUUAUAAAGUUAUAGUCUCUCGAGAUGUUGGAAAUUAUAAAGUUAUAGUCUCUUCAUAUCAGUUUGUUCA